AUGCGUGCGCUCACACUCGUUUCUGGGUUCUUUGCCUGCGUUUUGACGACCAGUAUUCUUGUGAAUGCUCAGUCGUCGUCUUCUUCUUCUGAUGGUGUAGCGAGCGCGAUCCUCCAAGGGCUGGGUUUGGCAACAUCGUCCUCUGCUAACACGCCACCUACCCUGAGUGCCUUCGCUACCAAGUCGUAUGUUUAUAAUUUCACCAACAGUACCACAUCAUCUAGUACUACCUCAACAACAUUGAUCUUGACCGACCAGUCAUCGUCGAGUACAUCCGUCCUUGCAAGUACAUCCAUCCUUACGAGUAAAUCGAUCCAGACGUCGACAUCCGCAUCCCUCGAGGCGAACUCAACAACCUCGACUGUGAGCACGAUUUCUAGCAGCGUCAACGGCACGACCUCGACCUCUUUACAAGCUUCGAGCUUUUCAACAUUCACCAACAUUAGCUCGAGCAAUGCCACUUAUUCGACGACUUCGCCAAGCUCUACGGCUGCCUUCUUGAACAGUUCGGUCACUCUCAAUGGCUCAUCGUCAUGGCAGACUGGCACUACGAGCCAACGCACGGUCAACGGAAGUGCAGUUUGGACUGUCCCAAGUACUGGUACUGGCGCGGCUUAUGCCUCCAAGUGCAACCAGGAAUGGCAGUCUUACUACAACAUAUCGACAAAUGCGAUAACGGGUUCCUACACAAGCUACGUAUCGUCUUAUGUUGUGACCAACUAUUCGGCGCCUCUUACGACGCUAUGCGCGGGUAAUACUCAAGUCAACGGUCCUCCAGUCCCUACAGCCUCGUUCACACUGCCAUGGACUACAGGCAACAGCCUCUUUCCUCCGACCAUCACAAUGGCAGCUACACCAUCUUGCACUGUACCAGCGUCGGAGUGUGGUGCUGUUGGUGUGACUUCAGAUCAGUAUUAUAGCAUUCCUGCUGGCUGCAGCUCGUCAUCCACAUCUGGAUCAUCCGAUGCCUCUGAUGCUGGAGCUUGUACUAUCAAAGGUUCAGAUGUGCAGGUCAUCUAUUUCAAGCCCUCUUCGACUGCGAACGCGACGCAAGACCUCUGCGCGCCAUCUCCUACAGCAGCGGCAGCAGCGAAUAAUGAUAAUUGUCCUUAUGGGUCUUUCAUUACGAGUACCAGCACAAGGACGACUACUUUUACGGGAGUCACGAACACAGCUACUACCACUUACAUGAUGGAUUCUAUCACCGAGACUGAGGCGUUACAAGGAUCUAAGCUGUACACCACAGUCUAUACUGAGACAGCUAGCGAGUGUGUCUACUCUUCUGCUUCGCUCGGAUAUCAGAACAGGACAGCUUCAUACAUCGUUUCCGACGGAUACAAAUAUUACGAAGACAUGGUAUACCUAUCCUUCAAGAGCGUCUGGGCGGUGAACAGUGCAGGAAGCACAGUCGGUACUCCACGUGCUGGCAGCUUGGUGCCUAUGCCUUCGAGCGAGGUAUACUCCGUCUGCACCAAACAGGCUGGGCAAGCUGCAUACUCAUACAACUUUAACGAUUUCUCUGGCUAUGUACCUGCCAGCGCUUGGAAUUGUCAACCUUACUGCGAGAUGGUCUGGAAUGAGUAUGCGAGUGGCCACGGCGGUCCAUCUCAGCAGCUUCCAGACGAUACCCCUGAAGGUCUGGCUGCUGUCAUGCGGCCGGGACCAGGGGACUUCUACGUCAACGACAAGCUUGUCUUCGAGAAAGAGGGAGGUUACUGUGGUCAGUUUCCUUAUCAGAGCUGGUACAAACCUUAUAUUGCCGUGCCCCCACAGGUCAGAGCUCUGGAUCCUGCGUGGGGCUCUUGUGUGCUGGCUUUCGAGGGUUGGUAUGAUCCGCCCACGGCCUUGACCCAGCAAACCUCGGAAAUACUACCAAGCUCGCCCAGCGCUGCGCCAGCAUCGACGCCUCAGACUGCUGCUGCUCAGACAACGACGCAAAGCAGCACUACUCUGAGUCCGCAGCCGUCGAGUAGCCUUGUCAGUAUUCCAACACAGACAGCGGAGUCCUCUGGUCCCGGAGUCAGUUCUACGUCGCAAAGCUCAAUCGCCUCGGUCAAUAUUCUCUCUGCUCAAGACCCUUCUUCGUCCGCUGUCGAUCCUGGCGUUAGCACUUCUACUUCAAGCGGUGCCGCGGUCGCCGCUAGUAACAUCCUAUCUGCUCUGAAUUCGACACCUGCCUCUUCUCAGCAAUUAUCUGCGAGCCCAGUGUCUACUGGCGGAGAUCCCAGUACCAGUUCUCCAAGUAGUAGUCUUGCUCAGGUGGCUGCUAGUAACAUUUUGUCAGCACUCAGCGUAGCGAGCACUUCUGCUGCCGGAACAGUCCAGUUGCAAGGAAAUACAGCCCCGGCCUCAACUCAAGCAGCCAAUUCCUCCCCGGGAACGAUCCAGUCGUCAGCGAACGCAGAUCCAGCAUCAAGUCGAGCCUCGAGCAGUGCCGCACAAAUUGUUGCUAGCAACAUUCUCUCCGCUUUAAGCGUAAUAUCGACAACCACGCAGCAGGCUACUGCGGUUGCUACACCAUCGAGCGUCGCUGCAAACAGUCCCGUGCUUGCAUCAAGUGUCAGCGCGAUCAAGGAUCCUGAAGCUAGUGCAUCGUCCCAAAUUCAUACCACGGUCAACGUGGCCGGCAACAGUGUCACCAUUUCGCAAAACUCUGCCAGCAGCAUUGCUGUUAUCGACGGCACAACUGUGGCACAAGGCUCACAGGCCACCGUCAAUGGUCAGACAGUAUCUGUAGGAUCUCAAGGAGUGCAAAUUGGUAGCACGUACAUCUCUGCUGCACAGGAUCCUACAACUACGCAAGCGGCGGCCCAGGUCACGAUCGGUUCCUCAGCCUUUACAGUGGCACCGAUCGCCGAUCCUACUGGUUCUUCUGCUGUUAUCGUUGCUGCUGGAGGCUCAACGGCUACCCUCACUGCUGGUCAAACCACUAAUGUUAGAGGACAAGCUGUUAGUGCGCCUUCUUCUGGGGGCGUUGUCGUUGGCCAAGGCAGCAGUGCCAAGACAGUUGUUGUGCCUGCCAUCAGCACGCCAAGCUCCGCCGCUUCUGCUAUAAUCACAGUCCAAGGACAGUCGAUCACUGCAAUCCAGUCGGGGAGUGCAGUGAUUGUUGCCGGGAUCUCCUCGACUCUUGUCCUUUCACAAGGUGCCACAGGGACAAUUGAAGGGAAUCCGAUUACUGUAGCUUCGAGCGCUUCUGGACUCGUGGUCGGUGGAUCCACUGCCAUCUUAUCGCACGCUCCCUCUGUGACUACUCAAGCUGUGAUUACUGGCAGCGCUGGACAGUCGAUCACUCUGGUUCAGCAAGGACAGUCUUUCUCGCUUAUUGGCAGUAGCAGUACUGUGGUUCUGGCGGCUGGUGCUAGUACGACGUUCCAAGGCCAAACAAUAAGUGUGCCUCUCAGUACUGGCGCUGCUAACGUCAAUGGCAACUCAGUGACACUAUCGGCAGCUUCUCCUGCACCCGCCAGCGUGGUCACGCAAGCCGUAAUCUCGAGCAACAGCGGCCAGGCUGUGACUGUACUGCAGCAAGGCUCCAGCUACGAAGUGCAGUUAGGUACGAGCACGAUCCAUUUGACAGCUGGUGGCAUUACCACGAUCGCUGGAGCGACAAUCAGCGCACCUACGAGCGGCAGUGUGCUACUUGUCAACGGCCAUAGCACUCUAUUAUCGACCCAGGCGGUCACCAGCAAUCCGGUAGGGGCCGUUUUGACCGGAUCUGGUUCUCAACUGGCGACGAUAGUACAAUCUGGCUCAUCAUACGUUGUGCAAGCUGGCACAACGACUUUCGGACUGGCAGCGGGCUCUGGUACUAUAGUCAACGGCGUCACUUUGAGUGUACCCAUUGGUGGAAGCACCCCUCUUGCGAACGGGAAGACAAUCGUAUUAUCGACCCAGGCGCCCACUAGCAGUCUGAUUGGGGCCGUUUUGACGGGGUCUAAUUCUCAGCUGGCGACUGUAGUGCAGUCUGGCUCAUCGUAUCUCGUGCGAGCCGGCACAUCAACUUUCGGACUGGCCGCAGGCUCUGGUACCGUCGUCGAUGGUGUCACUUUGAGCAUACCUACUGGCGGGAGCACUCCUCUUGCGAACGGCAAGAUCAUCUCAAUGUCGACCAUGUCACUGUCUUCACAGCCAGCCGUGGUUACACAAGCAGCUUUGACGGGUGUCAGUUCGAAGCCAUUCACGGUGCUGCAGCAGGGAUCCUCGUUCCUAGUGCAGGACGGUAGUAGCACUGUCACUCUCGACGCUGGCUCUCAGACACUCUUCAAUGGUGCCACCAUCAGUAUGCCUACCACUGGAGGUGCUGUGGUUGCCAAUGGCCAAACUGUCCCCCUGUCCACCGUCAGCAGCUUACCGUCUUCUUUGGCUUCGUCCUCUGGCCUUGGCACUUCCACUCCUGCUUCUUCUCGCACUUCGUCAACCAGUGUGGCUGCUACAUCUUCGACUCGCCCGGAACAAGCUAAUGGCGGUGGCCGUCAGUACGGAUUGACAGCGCUAGGCUUGGCAUCAGUUUUGUUUGCAAUGGCUUUGUCCAUAUUCAUGCUAUAG